AUGUUGCAAAAGCUGCUAAUUUCGGCCGGUUGUUUCACUCAAACCGAGUACAGCGAAGAGGGUAUAGAGAAUUUACUACGCUUCACACCAUCACGACUUGUCGCAAUUAUGUUCAUUACGUUGUUCAUUACAUUAGUGGUUAUUGUGUGCCUGGCCGCUUACCUGAAACUGAAAAAUAUCUACAGUUACUGGUCUAAACUGGGAGUGCCUCAUGAAAAGCCUUUGUUUUUCUUGGGCAACAUGAAAGGUUUAGGGCACAAUUAUCAUUGGACUGAUAUCAAUCGAAGGAUUUAUAGAAAAUUUAAAGAUUCAUCACCAAUUGCUGGUCUUUAUCCUUUUUUGGAUAAGGCAGUGAUCGUUAUGGAUUUGGAUCUAAUUAAAAAUAUAUUAAUUAAGGAUUUUAAAUACUUCAGCGAUCGCGGUAUCUUUCAUAAUGAACGGGAUGAUCCUCUCACUGGAAAUUUGUUGUUUUUGGAUGGCCACGCUUGGCGAGUGCUCAGACAAGCAAUUUCUCCAAUUCUUACCAGCGGCAAAGUGAAAUCCAUGUUUUCUACUAUCGUUAAAGUAGCCGAAAGAUUGGAGCAGGCUUGUGAUAUUAUAGUCAAUAAUGGAACGGUCCAUGUUGAGGUAGAGGAUUUAUGUGCUCGUUUCACUACCGAUGUGAUUGGAGAAUGCGCAUUUGGCAUCGAGUGCAAAAGCUUAGAGGAACCUAGGGCUGAAUUUCGUGAAAUGGGCCGCAACAUCUUCGAACAACCACGUCACUCGUUGCUCGUUCAAAGCUUCAUGUUAUCUAAUCCCGAUUUAGCACGCCGGUUAAGAAUGAAAGCGUUUCGUAAGAAUACCAGUGAAUUUUUUAUGAGAGUUGUUAAGGAAACAAUAAAGUUUAGGCAGGACAACCACAUAAAACGUAAUGAUUUCAUGGAUUUACUUAUUGAGCUGAUGGAGAAAAGGGAAAAGCUAUUAAAACAAGGCCAACGAAUACGAGUCGGUGAUUUGGUCAGUGGUUUAACCUUUGAGCAAGCAUGUGCGCAAGCAAUGGCUUUUUUUUUGGCCGGAUUUGAUACUUCUUCCGCAACAAUGUCGUUUUGUUUGUAUGAAUUGGCCUUAAAUCUAGACAUUCAAAGGAAACUACGAGAAGAAAUCAUAACAGUGUUAGAAAAAUACAACUCUCAGAUAACCUAUGAGAGCUUAAAGGAAAUGAGUUAUUUGGAACAAGUUUUCAACGAAACUUUGCGCAAAUAUCCAGUUGUUCCUCUACUGGCACGAGUUUGUGGGCAAGAUUAUUGUUUGCCGAAUAGUGACUUGAUUCUCGAAAAAGGAUUGCGUAUAAUUAUACCCAUUGACGCUAUACAUAACGAUCCGGAAUAUUUUAAGGAGCCUGACAAGUUUAAUCCAGACCGCUUUUCUUCCGCCGCAAUGGCGCAACAACAUCCUGCAUUUUCGUUUUUACCGUUUGGGGAGGGGCCUCGCAAUUGCUUUGGUAUGCUGUUCGGCAAAUUGCAAGCGCAAAUCGGUUUGGUCAUGAUGUUGAGAAAAUUCCAUUUCGUAAUCACACCUAAGACAAAAAUUCCUUUGCGCUAUUCAAAAAAAAUUUUCCUGCUAUCGCCAGAAUCAGGAAUUUAUUUGAAGAUUGAGAAACUUUACGGUAAAGUGAAACACAUGUUUUCCACAAUCGUUGAUGUAGCCGAAAGAUUGGAGCAAGCAUGUGAAUUUAUCGUCAAUGAGGCAGCCGGUCAAAUUGAGGUGAAAGAUUUAUGUGCUCGUUUCACUACCGACGUGAUUGGAGAAUGCGCAUUUGGCAUUGAGUGCAAUAGCCUACAAGAUCCCAUGUGUAAAUUUCGUAAAAUGAGCCGCAACAUUUUCGAGCGUCCCCGCUAUUCUUUGCUCAUUCAAAGCCUCAUUUUUACUAAUCCCGAUUUGGCGCGCCGGUUAAGAAUGAAAGCUUUUGGUAAAGGUACCACUGCUUUUUUCAUGGGAGUAGUGAAGGAAACAAUAAAGCUUAGGAAAGCAAAACCAACAAAACGUAAUGACUUUAUGGAUUUAUUGAUUGACUUGAUAGAGAAGAGGGAAAAACUUGUAAAACAAGGCCAACGCAUAGAAGAAGAUGAUAUGUCCAGUGGCUUAACCUUUGAGCAAGCAUGUGCUCAGGCAAUAGUUUUCUUUUUGGCUGGAUUGGAUACUUCUUCCGCAACAAUGUCGUUUUGUUUAUAUGAACUGGCUUUAAAUCCGGAUAUUCAAAGGAAACUACGAGAAGAAAUCUUGGCAGUAUUAGAAAAAUACAACUCUCAGAUAACCUAUGAGAGCUUAAAGGAAAUGACUUAUAUGGAAAAAGUUUUCAACGAAACUCUGCGCAAAUAUCCGGUUGCUCCUCUACUGCCACGAGUUUGUGUGAAAGAUUAUCGUUUGCCAAAUAGUGAUCUCAUCCUUGAAAAAGGAUUGCGUGUAAUUAUACCCAUCGAUGCUAUACAAAACGAUCCUGAAUAUUUUAAAGAACCUGAAAAAUUUAAUCCAGACCGUUUUUCGUCUGCUGCAAUGCCGCAAAAACAUCCUGCAUUUUCGUUUCUACCCUUUGGUGAAGGGCCUCGCAAUUGUAUUGGUAAGAGCUUUGGUAAACUGCAAGCGCAAAUCGGUUUGAUCAUGAUGUUAAGAAAAUUUCAUUUUUCAACCACCUCUAAGACAAAAAUUCCUUUGCAUUAUUCUAAAAAAACUUUCCUCUUAACCGCAGAGUCUGGAAUAUGUUUGCAGAUUGAAAAACUUUAUCGAAGUAACUGA